UACGCACGUGACGGGUGUGAGCAUCGCUGCAGUGCAGGGCUUAGAGAGUUGACACUAGUCAAUACACUGCUCACAGCGGGUAUCAUAGGACCCGGUUUAAUUUCCUCAGAAUCUCACCCGUAGCUAGUGUGUCUCUAUACAUAACAGUUGUGCUGUGACAAGUGUUGGGUUUUUCUUGGUCUGUGAUUUCAUAAAUUCCAGAGAAACAUUAAUUCAUUGUAUAUUAUUUGAUUCCAAGACUUCCUGAUUUAAGGUGGCCAAGCGGGCCGCAUGCAAAGUGGUCGGGGGCCGUUUUGUCUAUCAUGCCUGGUCUCAGACUAAAUGUACGCCAUCAUAAGCUGCUCUGAAAUCCUCAUGACGUUGAAGAAUACCUGGCAUAUUCUCUACUGAAGCGGUUGGCCCCCAGGCACUGCAAUCCGGGGAGGUCGGUCAAUCUCUACUGAUGACAGGACUUGUCCCGAAAUUGCAUUGACCGUCCAUUGUUUGCCAUUCACGUCUCGACUGGUCAUCUCUGACAUGAGAUUGUCUACCCGCUAUGGACAUCGUCAGUUAUCUUGUUGCUUUCUUUGUCGGGGGACUCCUUAGCACUUUCGAAAUGGUUGAGGCCAUCGACUGCUACAAAUGUACAUCCAUUGAUGGGGCAACAGAGGAGUGUGAGGACAAGUUUGACAUUGGGAUGAGCACCGUGCACUUUAUACAGCGGAGUUGUCAGUACGGCUACUUCAAGGGCACACACUGCAUCAAGUUCAAAGGUGAAAGGGAAGAUGGCACAAAGAUUACAGUUCGGGACUGCAGUAACUCAGACUGGGGCAGCCACUGCGGAGGCAUCCGUUACCAGUAUGACGGGGCUACAGAGCAGAUGAUCUAUGGAUGCCUGGAGGCGUGCGCCCACGACGGAUGCAACACCGCCAGGCAACGUGCGCCACUCCUGCCUCUGGUGCUCAUGUUGGCAUUAUUCACUCAUUGAC